GCUUCGCUCGUCGAGCCAGGCGCGUUGGAACACCUUCUUGUGUCCUCUACCCUUCCUCCUCCUCCCCGCCGCCACUACUGCUGCUGCCUUCGCCGCUGCUCCCUCCGUCCCUUCCCGGCUCUUUCCUGCCAUAACCUCCCAGCCUCCCCCUUUUUAGCUUUUGCCACCAUGCUCCACCGCCUUGCUACCGGCGACGAGAACCCCAGCGUCGACGCGGCCAUGGCCGCCGCUGGCAAGCAGGCCCCCGCCGCGGUUGCCCCCGCCUCCGCGGCCGCCGGGCGUCGCUCUGCCCUCUCCAUUCUCUCCGGCAACAAGAACAUCCCCGAGUCGACCCGCGCCAAGCGCACCUCCUCCGGUCUGGUGAAGCCGGCCAAGACCGAGGACGCCGGCGACGCGACCAUGAUGCUGGUGGACGGCGAUUCGCACCACCACAUGAUGGACGAGGCCCUCUUCGGCGAGGGGGAGACUCCCACCCCCGGUGCCGCCGGCCCCGCGGAGCCGCCCUUCUCCAAUGGCAUCAUUGUUCCCCCCCGGCCGGAGGGUGUCAUCGACAUCGACGCCUCGGACGCGCAUGACCCCCAGUCGGCCCCGGAUUAUGUCUGGGAGAUCAUGGUUUACAUGCACAGCGUGGAGGCGGAGUUCCAGCCGGACAUUUCCUACAUGGCCAAGCACCCGGAGAUCAACUGGUCCCACCGGGCGACCCUGGUCAACUGGCUGGUCGAGGUCCACUGGCGUUACAAGCUGGUCCAGGAGACCCUCUUCCUGGCGGUCAACAUCAUGGACCGGUACAUGUCGGUGGCCGAGAUGCCGGUUCCCCGGCACCAGUUCCAGCUGGUCGGCCUGACUUCCCUCCUGCUGGCCACCAAGUUCGAGGAGAUCUCCGUUCCCCUGGUGGAGGAGUGGGCCCAGGUGGCCGACAACUUCUACGAGGCCGGCGACAUCAUCCAGAUGGAGCGCAACAUCCUGCGCGCGCUGCACUUCAAGUUCGGCUUCCCCUCCCCCAUGACCUUCCUCCGUCGCAUCAGCAAGACCGAGAACUAUGACAUUCAGACCCGCACCGUCGGCAAGUACCUCCUGGAGGUGGCCCUCAUGGCCGAGCAGAUGAUGCCCUUCUCGCCCUCGGUCCAGGCCGCCGCCUCGGCCCUCCUCUCCCGGCGCAUGCUCAACCGCACUCCCCACUGGGACGCGGCCCUGACCUACUACUCGCGCUAUGAUGAGGCGUCGCUUCGCGCCUGUGUCAACGCCCUGGUCGGGGUCCUCCGCUCGACCACCCUCCUCACCGCCCCCGGCAACCCGGCCAACGCCGACCGCAACAAGGCCGCCUACAAGAAGUAUGCCUCGGCUCGUCACCUCCGCGCGUCGCUCUUCGUCGAGAAGCACAUCCGCGAGAACUAUGCCUAAGCGAAGUUCCUCGGCCGGCCUCCCCCCCCUCUCCUUCCCUGUCUCUUUCUCCUCCCCCCGCCCACCCCCCCUCCCCUGCGUGCUGUGUUGUCGGUCGGUGCAUGUGCGCGUGUGUCUGGGUGUGUGUGGGCAUCGCCGGAUGCCUCGAGACGGCAAGGGGAUUCCCCCCUCUCGAUCCAGGAGGCGCAGAGUGUGGACACAGCAUGUGCCCUCACAUCUAUCUCCCCCCCCCCUCGGCGCGACUCCGCCGUCCUCUCUUCUCCUUGCUGUGGUGCUUGCACACGCUCAUCGCGAGCACACGCGGUUGACAGUAGACCGCGCGCUGGCGCUGUGCUUCAUCGCGUCCCCCCCUCCCCGCCCCCCCGUCCCUCGUC